UAGAAGAAAGGGAUAUGCAACAUAGAAUGUUAUGGCUGUAUGUGAUUGGGACAUGUAUUUUACUUUUGUCAUCACGGGAUGGGAAGGUACAGCUCAUGAUGCUCGAGUAUUUGAUAAUACCAUAUCAACUCCUUCAAUGCAUUUUCCGCAUCCACCUCCAGGUAAAUAUUAUUUGGUUGAUUCUGGUUAUCCAACACUAAAUGGGUAUCUUGGUCCAUAUCGUUGCGAACGUUAUCACCUUCCAGACUUUAGGCGAGUUGCAGGAUUUGCAAACAAUAAUGAGGUCUUCAAUUAUUAUCAUUCAAGUCUAAGAUGCACUAUAGAAAGAACUUUUGGAGUGUGAAAGAAUAGGUUUGCAAUUAUAUGAAAAAUGCCCAAAUUUAAAUAUAAAACACAAGUUCAAAUUGUUUGUACAACAAUGGCAAUACAUAAUUUUAUUAGGAGAAAUUCAAUUACUGACGAGCAUUUCAUACAAGCUGAAGAUGAAAGUGUAGAAGUCCAGGAGGAAGAUAUCGAUAUUGGUGAAGCAUCCUCGUCAAAUCUACCUGGAUCAUCAAGACAAAUGCAACGUGUUCGUGAUACAAUUAGAGAUCAACUUGUAAAUCAUAUCAAUUAAAGAUUAAUUUAUUUUAGGUUUUCAUGGUUGAAUAUUUAAGAUAUUUUCCUUAUUAGUUGUAAUUUUAAGUUUAAUAUUUUUUAUUUAUUAGUUAGUCA